GAUCUGAUGUAGCAGAUUUUGAUGGAAGGAGUUUCCUGCUUUACAGAUUUAAACCCAAAUCCACAACGGCCCUAAAAGAUGUAAUUUCUCUGAAGUUUAAAACCAGCCAAAGAGAUGGGAUUCUGCUACACAGAGAAGGACAGAAUGGAGAUCACAUCACAUUAGUUUUAGCUAAUGGGAAGCUUUCAUUAUUCAUCAAUAUAGGUGAUGCUAAAAUGUAUUCUGCUGAUGCCCAGAUUAAUAUCACUCUGGGUAGCCUUUUGGAUGAUCAGCAUUGGCAUUCAGUCCUCAUUGAACAUUUCAAUAAUCAAGUGAACUUUACAGUUGAUAAACACACUCACCAUUUUCAUGCAAAGGGAGAAUUCAAUUAUUUGGACCUUGAUUAUGAGCUCAGCUUUGGAGGGAUUGCAAUGCCUGGAAAAUCAGGGAUAUUACCAUGGAAAAACUUUCAUGGAUGUUUUGAAAAUAUUUAUUACAAUGGUGUGAACAUUAUUGAUUUGGCCAAGAGAUAUAAACCUCAGAUCAACCUAAUGGGCAAUAUAUCUUUCUCCUGUUCUGAGCCGCCAAUUAUUCCUGUCACCUUUUUAAACCCCAACAGCUAUUUAGCAUUGCCUGGAACAGCAGGACUAGAUGAAAUUUCAGUCAGUUUUCAUUUCCGCACCUGGAACAAUGAGGGACUGUUGCUAUCAAAUAAACUAUAUCAGACUUCAGGUGGCCUCCUUAUGUAUCUAAGUGAUGGGAAAGUUAAGCUGAGCUUCUACAAACCCGGAAAGGCACAGAGUGACAUCACUGCAGGUGCUGGAUUACAUAAUGGGCAGUGGCAUUCUAUAUAUUUGUUAACUAAAAAGAAUCGUGUAACCUUAAUGGUAGAUAAUGAAGCAAUGUCAACAUCUCAUAUGUUAGUACCUAUGCAUAUAUUUUCAGGAGACACCUAUUAUUUUGGAGGAUGCCCAAUUAAUGUCAACAACUCAGAAUGUAAGAAUCCCUACAGUAGCUUCCUUGGAUGUAUGAAACAAAUUUCCAUUGAUGGCAAACCUAUAGAUUUAAUUUCAGUUCAACAAAAUACAAUGGGACAUUUCAGUGACCUUCAAAUAGAUUUGUGUGGCAUUAUAGAUAGAUGCCUGCCCAAUUAUUGUGAACAUGGUGGAGAAUGCUCACAGUCCUGGAACAGUUUUUAUUGCAAUUGUGCAAACACAGGCUACACGGGGGCUACAUGUCAUUAUUAUACCACCUGGACAAUUAUACAACACAACAACACCGAGUUAACCAGAGUCAAAACUGCUAAUCGAGAGAACCCUCACAGUGUGUUUUUCAAAUAUGCUGCCAGCCUAGAACAGCUCCAGGCUACAAUUAACCAUGCAGAACAAUGUGAACAGGAGGUUGCUUACCACUGCAAAAAGUCACGUCUUUCUAACAAGCAAAAUGGCAUUCCAUUCAGCUGGUGGAUUGGAAAAAUCAAUGAGACACAAACAUACUGGGGAGGUUCCACUCCUGAUGUGCAGAAAUGUGCUUGUGGAAUAGAAGGAAGUUGCAUUGACUCCGAACAUGACUGUAACUGUGAUGCUGACAGAAAUGAAUGGAGAGUUUUGGAAUGCAGCCUCCUUCAACACUGAGGCCUCCUAUCUCCAUUUUCCCACUUUUCAUGGAGAACUGAGUGCAGACAUGUCCUUUUUCUUCAAAACUACAGCUUCUUCUGGUGUGCUUUUAGAGAAUCUGGGAAUCAGAGACUUCAUAAGGAUAGAACUACACUCACCUCUUGAAGUGACAUUUUCAUUUGAUGUGGGAAAUGGGCCUAAUGAAAUCACAGUGCAGUCACCUAUUCCCUUAAAUGACAACCAGUGGCACUAUGUGAAGGCUGAAAGAAACAUCAAAGAGGCAUCUCUGCAAGUAGACCAGCUUCCUCAAAGGACUUAUUCAGCUCCAUCUGAUGGACAUAUCCGUUUGCAGCUCAACAGCCAACUAUUUGUUGAGAUAUCUGCAUAUUUUGGACUUGGUUCAUCAGUAACAUAUAAUUUUCAAGAAUCCUACAAUGUUGCCAAGAACUCCAGUUCACAUGCUGCUUCUUUUCAUCCUGAUAUGACGCUAACAAGAGAAGCGAUCACACUGAACUUUCGAACAACACGGAUUCCAAGUUUGCUUCUUUAUGUAAACUCAUUCUACAAGGAGUAUCUUUCAGUUAUUCUUGCCAAAAAUGCAGAGACUAGUGAUGUAGACCCAGAUACUCUAAAGGCAAACUCUCAGGGGUUUAUUGGAUGCCUCUCUUCAGUGCAAUUCAAUCAUGUUGCUCCCUUGAAGGCUGCUGUCCACUAUCCCAGCUCAGCUCCAGUCAUUGUGAAAGGACAUUUCAUGGAAUCAAACUGUGGGACAUUAUCAGGAGCUGAUACAACAUCAAGUGAAACAACCCAUUCAUUUGCAGAUCAUUCAGGACCAAGGGAUGAAGGAGAACCAUUAGCUAAUGUAAUAAGGAGUGAUUCUGCAAUUAUUGGGGGUGUGAUUGCUGUAGUGAUAUUCAUUCCACUUUGCAUUCUGGCCAUUGCUGUACGGAUUUAUAAAAAGAAAAAUGUAUAUAAAAAGAAGGAGGUGAAGGGAUCAGAAAAUGAGGAUAGUGCAGAGACUGUCCUGAAAAAUGAGAUCAACGUGCAAAAUACAAUCAAUGAAAAUCAAAAGGAAUAUUUCUUCUAAUUUGCUUUUCUGAUCUAGUUUAAUCAGAAUAAAAGACAGUCUGACUUAUUUGCUAACCAAGUUCUCAACUGGAAAAAGAAAGAAACUGUUGUAUUUGAAGAACACACAAAAUAGAUUGGAAAUCUAUUAAACGGCAUAUGUUCAGUCUUGGUGUUUGCUAUGGCAAGCCUCUUUAAAUGACAUGCAUUCCUUAGCUAUUAUAACAUAGAUGCAUUUUAUGUGAGAGUGAAUUAGAUAUUGUAACCAAACCCAUUGUUGGUAGUUUUCAGCCUUUUUGCUGUGACUUUCUAAACUGAAAGUUAAACUUGAUACGUAUCAUGAGUUUUGAAUGGGGGGGAAAUGGUCAUUUGUUUUCUUCCUUUCAGUCCAUCCUUCCAAGACAUCUAUUUUUAAAGCAAUUUUGUUUAAAUAUUCUACAGUAUUUUCUUUGAUACCAUUGGGCUGUUUUGCAAACCAGAGGUAUGCAUGCUUAAGAAUUAACUGGCUUAAGAGUGCAGACUUCCAAAUCGAAGUGUUUGUGCUUCUUUCCUUUUUUUUAAGCAACAACACACACUAUGCAUCAUUAUCUUCAUCAACAGUUCUCUCCUGCAUCACCCAGCAAGUCUAUUACAGUCUGGUGAUAAAGAACUCAGUAUUACUUUAAAAGCUUGUUUGUAUGAAAAACAAAGUGUGAAUGAAAAUCUGGUGGUAAUACACAGUAGUCAAAAUGAAUAACAGGGUAGUCACCUAAGGAAUCCAAACCUUAAACUCUCCACAAAUUAUGAAUGGAUAUCUUUCAGUUUUCUUGACAUGUUACUACAGCUUGAAUGUAUAGCAGAUUACCAUUUUAUGUAAUCUUGAGAUGGGAGGUGCAUACACACAAACACAUACACACUCCCAAAGAUACACAAAAACUCCCAAGCACUCAUAUAUAUGAAAGGUGGCAUACACAAUGAUUCAGAAGCUUUAGAAUUACCUAAGGAUGGCUUAUCUGUACUAUAGGCAGUCCUCGCUUAACAAUCAGUUGCUUAAUGACUGUUUGACAUUGCAACAGAUAAAACAAGUUAUGUACAUCUCAUUCUCAGUUAUAAUGUUAUAACCCAGUGGUCAUGUGAUUGCAUUUCAGGCACUUAGAAACCAGCUCACAUUUACUAGCAGUUGCAGCAUCCAACAUUUAUGUGACAAUUUUUUUUUUUUUGUCAGUUUUCAGUGUUUUUUUGUUGGUUUUCAGCAGAAAGCACCCAUUCGGGAGAAUGAAUAACAUCACAUAGAUUGCUUAACAACCAUGGUGAUCUGCUUAAUGACUAUUGUAAAAAUGACCUUAAUGACCACAAUGACUUAGGAUCAAAAUUCCAUGCCUAAUUAUGGUUGUUAAGUAAAGA